AUGCCAGAGGAUCGACUCACCAUGCUGGAGAAUCAGGUCCAACAACUAACAGAGUUGUUGACUAGUUAUUUACGCCAGAAUGAACAACAUCGUCCGCACAUGCCCCCUCAGCAGGCGGAGCACCAGUCGCCUUCUCUUACUCGGGAGCCUCAUCAAUCCCGCCAGUCGGGCCAGGAAAUCCACCCCUCUGAGGCGGCAGGAUCUACUUCUUCCCCCUCACGAGAAAGAGGGACUUCGCAGGAGAGGCGACUGCGUUUCCUAGAAAAGCAAGUCCAGGAACUCAAAAAGGGAAAAGAAGAGCUGCCCCACCUCGGCUCUAACCAACCCUUGAACAAAGGCAUCAUGUCAGAGGUUCCACCAGAAAGGUUUCGUAUCCCAUCCAUCAAGCUUUAUGACGGAAGCACCGACCCCUAUGAUCACGUAGAACUUUUCUCCUCUCACAUGCUGAUGCAAUCGGGUCUGACGCGAUGUGGUGCCGGCUGGGAAGAGCUGAAGACCUGUUUCCUAGCCCAUUAUGCUCCCUUGAAGCGCCAUCGGAAGUCUUCCAUGGCUCUGGUGAACACCAAGCAAAAUCAGGGUGAAUCCCUAAGGGAUUUCGUGGCUAGGUUCAAUGAGGAGGCAUUGAGCAUUGAUGAGUUCGAUCAGUGGAUCGCAAUGGUGGCUCUCCAGAAUGGCUUGAGGGAUGGACCAUUCGCUCAGUCCUUAGCCAAGACUCCACCCCGUACUUUCACAGAGGCCCUUACACGGGCUAACAAGUACAUCAAUGCUGAAGAGGUGAUGAAGGUGAAGCGAGCUGAACAACCUGACAAGAAAGAAAGAGAAAAGGAGAAGAAAAAGCCAAUGGGGGAACAGAAGAUGGAUUAUCGCCCCUCCCAAGCUCCUGAUCGCCGGGGUUUUGGGGGUGCACGGGGAAGCCCGUCUCCACCUAACACUCGAAGCAAAAAGAAGUAUUGUCGCUUCCACCGUGACCACGGUUAUGAGACAAAUGACUGCAUCCAAUUGAAAGAAGAGAUACAUGAGCUUAUCAAUCGGGGUUACCUCUGGGAUUUCGUUAGUCGAGGAGGUGUGAACUCGAGCAGGGUAGAAUCCCAACUGGAGCAAAGAAGGAGGUCUCCUACUCGUGAUCGCUUUCGAGAGCAAAGUCAAACACCGCCCCGGAGAGAAGGAAAACAGCUCAUCGAGGAAGGAGGACAUAAGUUUAUCUUGUACAUGUUGGCGGUGGGAACAGUUCUAAGGCCUCACUCAACUGCUCCCAAGAGCGUGGUAAAGGAGAAGGUGGUCAUCACAUUCUCCGAAGAGGACCUUCCGAGCUAUCCCAACUAUUCAGAUCCGUUGGUGAUCACUGCUCAAGUAGAAGAGUGGGAGAUGAGGCGAAUCCUCGUAGACCCGGGUAGCUCUUCGGAGAUUCUUUACAAGAGGGCGUUCCUAGGGAUGGGGUUCACUCUCGAUCAGCUGAGGCCAGUCCGUGUCUAUAACACCCGGUGUUACAGAUCUGGGCUUAAUGCUCUGAGGGCGGUACCGAGCACGUAUCACAUGGUGUUGAAAUUCCCUACUCUGGGAGGGAUUGACAAGGUAAGAGGAGACCAACGGCAAGCUAGGGAAUGCUACGUAGCCUCCUUGAGUGCCACUAUUGCCAAGGGGUCAGAGUCAAACUCAAGACUGAACCAGGAUGCUGUCCCUCAAGACGGUCAGGGCUAG